AUCGACGACCGCUAGGAUAAGGGGACGGAGAGAGAGAGAGAGAGAGAGAGAGAGAGAGAGAGGAUGGAAGGAGGCGGAGACAUGGGGCUCAUGGAGUGGUGCCGAGAGCUGCCCAAGAUCGAGCUCCAUGCCCACCUCAAUGGCUCGGUCAGAGACUCCACGCUACUGUGAGAUCUUCCCAUCUUUUUCCUCCUCUGACUACUCGUCUCCUACCACCCAUGUCUCUCCGUAGCUAUAGAUUUUGGCUCCACCGAACCAUUCUUCAUCACGUAAUAGCUACAUAGAAUCAUGUAUCGCACCCCUAAUUUCAUGCUUGAGCUUUUGCAGGAUAGUGAGAAUCGUAUUCCCUCCUUCCUAAGUUUUGGGGAUUUUUCAUCACCCUAACAUUGAUAGAAGAAUUGAGGAUAUUCACUUUAUUAUUUUGAUAUUUUUGUAGCCCGCCUUGGGAUGUCGGGAACGAUCUCGAAAAUUCAAGUUGCAUAACAUUUAGUAGUACCUUAAAGCAAAUUAUAUCCACAGGACUGGCCAUGAGGUGGAUUGCUGAUUUUUUGUUUUUUUUGAAAAAAAAAGGUGGAUUGGUGAUAUUGCAUCAUGUAAAAGGCCGAGACAAAGGAAUUUAAGGUACUCAUGGUUUUAGGUAGCUACAGGACAAUAAGUGUCCGAGUGACACAAAAAUAAAGAAAACAAAAAAGAUCAACAUCUAAACAUAUAUGGAUGUUUUGACUUUAGAUACUAUUUCCUUUCUAUAUGUCUGUUUUUUUCCCUGUUAGUUUGACUUUUGUACUACUAAGUGGAAGUGGAUUAUUAUAAUUGUUGCUUGUAAUGCAAAAGGCUAGUUGUCUUGGUACGGUUGUAUAAUAAGAAGGUCAAAUUGCACUUGUUAGAUCAGUUUAAUUAUCAAGUAAAACCAACACCUAUCUGUCAAGUUUAUGACGUUUUCAAGGUCGCAUGGAGUCUGCCAAUCAUAAGAGAGCUUGCAAAAGAUUUGGGCGAGAAAGGUGUCAUUGCUUUUGAGGAUGUUGUGCAUGUUAUUAUGAAAAAUGGUCGAUCUUUGCCAGAAUGCUUCAAGCUUUUUGACUUGUAUCACCUACUUACUACUGACCAUCAAACUGUAACAAGAAUCACCAAGGAAGUCAUUGAAGAUUUUGCUGCUGAGAAUGUUGUCUAUCUUGAAUUAAGAACAACUCCAAAGAAAAAUGAAGCUAAAGGGAUGACCAAAUGCUCAUAUAUGAAAGCAGUCAUUGACGGCAUAAGAGCCGUUGAUACUGUUGAUGUUGACUUUGAUACAUCUGGCACGAGCAAUGUGAACUGUUCAGAAGCUACUCCACUAAACUGUAUAGGCAGUCCCAUAAAGAGGAAAAAGAUCUAUGUACGUCUUCUUCUGAGUAUUGACCGUCGUGAGACAACUGCAGCAGCAUUGGAAACAGUUAAUUUAGCAAUGGAUCUGAAGAAUUUUGGAGUGGUUGGCAUUGACCUAUCUGGCAAUCCUGUUAUUGGAGAAUGGCAGACCUUCCUGCCAGCCCUGAAGCAUGCUAAAGAGCUAGGGCUUCCUAUUACUCUCCACUGUGGAGAGGUGCCAAACCACAAGGAAAUCCAAGCAAUGCUUGAUAUCUGCCCCCAGCGAAUAGGCCAUGCUUGUUUCCUUGCAGAAGAGGAAUGGAAAAGGGUGAAAUUCUUAAAGAUCCCGGUUGAGAUAUGUUUGACAUCCAAUAUCCGAACUGAACGUUUUUCUUCAAUAUAUGAUCAUUUUUUUGCUGAUCUUUACAAAGCGAAGCAUCAAGUGGCACUGUGCACUGAUGAUUCUGGCCUGUUCUCAACAACUCUAUCUAAUGAGUUUUAUCUAGCUGCCUCGACAUUUGGGCUAAACAAGGAUGAAAUGUUUCUGCUUGCUCGAAGUGCAAUUCAAUCUACAUUUGCUGAUGAUGAAGUCAAACACGAACUAACAAAGAUUUUUGAUGAUGCUGCGAAUAGAUUAAUCAUAUAAUCUGUGGUUAUUGGAAGUAAUUGCUCCCGUAUAUUUAUUUCUUUAGUAUUCUUGAAGGGUCAGGCAUAUCAGCUGAAUGUUUUUGCACUACAUGACUUUUAUCUUUCACUUAUUGGUGCAAAAAUUAAGAUUAUGAUUGCUAAA